GCACACUCGUCGCACCUCCUGCAGCCACUUGACGUCACCUGCUUCUCGCCAUUGAAGCGCGUAUAUGGCGACAAGAUCUCAGCCUUAGCACGCAGUCGCAGCAACCACAUCAACAAAAAAACCUUCCUACCAGCCUUCAAAGCAAUCUAUACAAAGGCUUUGACACUAGGGAACACUCGCGUAGGCUUUAGAUAUGCUGGACUUGUCCCACACAACUCAGACGCAGUGUUAUCAAAGCCUGAUGUGCGACUCGGUAUGCCA